UACGUCACGCCAGUGCCGCCCCCGCCGCGCCGCUAUAAGAGCGGCCCCAUCCGUCGGCGCUGCAGACUCGCCAACCCGCCACAGCACCAUGAGGACCUCCGCAGCCGCCACUGGAGCCGCGCUCCUCGCGUUCGUCGCCGUCGUAUCGGCGAUGGAGAUGACGCCGGAAUUCAUGGAGAUCGUUAACAAAUGCAAGGCAGAACAUGAGCCCACUGAAGAUGAGCUGAAAGGAAUCAUGAUGAUGAAGGUUCCAGAGAGCGAACACGGCAAGUGCUUCAUGGGGUGCGUUCUGCAGGAAGUUGGAGUGGUUAAGGAUGGCAAGUUCGACAAGGAGGAGGCAAAGAAACAUGCCGCGGCCAAGAUGUCCGACAAAGACGAGCUGGAGAAGCACAUGCAGCUCAUUGACAAAUGCAGCCAAGAAGUAAAUGGCGAGACGGACUCAUGCGGAAUCGGCCCGAAGCUCAUGGAAUGCAUCAAGCAGUUUGCACCAGAGUUUGACAUUGCCCUCCCGCACGCCCCGUCAGAAUAAACGCGGCACGACGCUGACGAUGCUGACGUCGACGACCCGGCAACCAUCUGCGUCCACACCAAAUGACAUCGACGGCACCCAGACAAGAAGAAGUGUUGAUAUCUGUACUGCUCUGUGCUCACUAAAUAAAAAAUAACUGUAGAUAUGGGA